UGUCGUUCGAUUAGCGAAUGAUGAGUGAAAUAACUGAUUUUUUUACGGUAAUUACAAGUUAAAACUGUACAUAUAAACUUAUAAUAAUGUCUGACAUCAAUAUAGAAAAGUUCGCUGUGCCUGACUUUAAUUCCGAACGGUAUGUGAAGGAGUUAGCAAAGUCGUGUGUCGGGGGGGAGGAACUCAGUCAGCAGAAGGAGAACAUUCAAACUUUGGCCGAAAACACAGCGAGCAAACUCAAAAAGAAUGUCUACGAUAAUUAUAUGCAGUUUAUUGAGACAGCUACGGAGAUAUCCCACCUAGAAGCGGAGAUGUACAAGCUUUCACAUUUGCUAAGUGAACAACGUACGGUACUCACUACGCUGUCCCACGCAUCGGUGCUAGGUAAUGAAAACACUAUAUCGAGGGAUUCCAUCGACAACACCAACUUAGAGGCCGAAAGGGCAGAAGAGAAACGCAAAAGCAAACUCAAUCUCAUCUCGGAAAAAGUAGAAAAUUGCAUGAACCUAUUAGACACUCCAGAUCGGACUUUGCUUCACGAAGGUGACUUGUUAGAGAUAGAUGCUGAAGAAAACACUGCCUUACAGAGAAUGCACGUUUAUUUAUUCAAUGAUUGCCUUAUGUUGACAUCAUGGAUAACCAAUCGCAGGGGACCUAUGAGAUAUAAAUUUCUAGCCAGUUAUCCAAUUAGUACCUUAGCUGUAGUCAAUGUACGCGACCUGGGGACUGUUAAACAAGCUUUCAAGGUGCUAGCCUUCCCAGACACAAGAGUAUUUCAAUGUAACAGUUUAGCUAUUAAGAAAGACUGGUUGGAAAAGUUUGAUGUAGCUAAAAAGAUGCAUAUUGAAAAGGAGAAUUCAAAAUUAAAUAAGAAAGAAAGCCAGGAAAGGCCUAAGCUCGAGUCAAUAAAGUCCCUUAGUUUGUCCGUUGAAGAAAUACCUUCCCCUCAAGUAACUCCUCUGCCUGAAUGGCUAGCAGACGUCACUGAAGAAUUAGAUGUGCUUAUUGUGGAGAGGCACUUUCAAAAGACUUAUGAGCUUAUGGUUAAAGCUCAAAGUGCAUUAAACACUGAAGAAUUUAAAACCCACCCACAACGAACUGAUAUACUGAAGAAGAUAGAAUUAAAACAAAAAGUGUUGAUUGAAAUUUUGUUAAAAGAGCUUGAUGUUACUCAUAAUUGGAGCCCUAGAGGAGGUUUGCGAACAUAUAGGCCUCCUGUUUUAAUACUCAACAAGUUUAAUAUGACUAGUCAAGCGUGUGAACUGUUUCUAGCCAUAUGUAGUCACACAGUCAAAGUACAUGUCAAAGCGGUGCAGCUGGAGGGGUCCAUUAAUACUUAUGUGAAGCAAGUUGGUGAAGUAUUCUUUUGCUCAUUGAGUGAUACUUUAACAGAGUUCACUGCACUGUUCCCUAAGAAUAAAAUUAGUGCUUUUGUAGUGUGGGCCAGCAUGCAACUAAGGGUGCUAAUGAGCCAGCUUAUUAAACAAGUAUUCACACCGCAGUGUCCUUUAGACUCUAUCUUAGAAUGUGUUCAGAGUUUGAGAGAACAAUGCACGCUGUUCUGUGAGUUUGGUCUCGAUCUAAGGUUCCAAAUGAACAGUUGUUUAAGGACACCAAUAAUAAAAGCACUGAGAGAAUAUAAGGAAAAGAUUGUCGAUUCUAUGAAAACUAAAUUAGCCGAAGAUCAAUGGACACCGGUUCCAUUGCAUACUAAAGCAGGAGUACAGAAAUUUUUAGCACAGAUGGAAAACUUGGGCCUUAUCUUAGCUAAGUACGUAAUUAACGAAACAUGGAUGAACUUGUCCAGUAGUACAUUAUGGUUUGCUCAGUCAAUCCUAACAGUACAGAAGGUUGGUUUGGAACUGGUCACCAGAGAUAUGAUGGAUGUGUUAGACGAAUGUAUCUUUGCAAUAUUUAAUUCACGCCUUAUGCUCUCUCUAGGGAAUGACUCUAGUUAUGCGCAAAAUAAUUAUAAGUUUAUUCUUGACACUGUUAUGCCUAUGAUGAUCAGAAAAUACAGGGAAGAGGUGGGUUAUGACAAUGAAAAAUUAAUUACACUGGCAAAGAAGUUUGGCAUAAACAUAGUCCCCCCUAAAAAGUCUAACAUAACAAAAUACACAAGUAAUGAAUAUUUAUGAGAAUAGCCAUUGGAGAUAUACAUAUGUUAUAAGUUGGUGUAUGAAAUUAUUUUUAUUACGCUGGAGCUUUAAUAUUGUAAAAUAUAGAUAGGUAGUAAGCAUGCAGAAUAAUUUUGUAAGUUUAUUUAAUAAUGGAUCAAAUUAAAAUUUAUAUCAAGUUAACAAUAUGAAAUUUUAAUA